AUGGAAGCCCUCAUCUCCCAGUUCACCUUCCUCUCAGAUCAAGCUUUGCAAGAUAAAGAUUUUGAUCCUUCCACAAUCAAAGACCUCAUGAAGCUAUUCGAGAUUGAAUCAUACAAGGCAUGGGCAGAUAUGGAACUUGAGCAAGAAAAAGAAGUGGAAGAAGCAGAUGUUGCUAUGCAACAAUCUGAGGACUACCUUGACUCGGUCAUGCAAAGUGCCAUGGAUGAGUUUAGAUGCUUUGAAGAAGAGUUUGAGAGGAUGUCAAAAGGUGAAAUAAACAACUUAGUUGAAACUGCUGACAGUUCUAGAAAAAUGGGAAAUUUAAAGAGAUAUAUUGAGUUUGCAGUGAAUUCAGCCACUGCUUCUAUGAAAUCAUCUUGGAAAGGAAUGUCUUCUGGGAUGACAUAUGAUUUAAUUGGUCACAAAUCUAACUUGAGCUUUGCCACAAAUAAAGGUUCGCAAUUUACUUAA